ACUGAGUAGACUACAUGUACAGUAUCAUAUGAGAAUGCCAUCUCAGGUCCCGACAUUUCUGGGACAAUUCGGUGUAUUCUCGUCGACAUCUGGGUCAAACUUCUUACAGAUUCCCAGUUUAUAGAGUUGAAGUCAUGUCUGGUCUUUUUCCAACAACCACCAAAACAAUCUCCAGGUGAUUUCUGGUUUGCUCAUUCAGUUCUGGUGUCAUCCAAUCACCUAAAGGUCACACAAAACCUCGAUACCAUCCAUAUCAACCGCAGCAAACCCAAACCCAGAACCAGAACAAUGGACGCAACAGGGGAGACGAAUGCCCAGGCAGCUGCAUUAGCAGCCGCGGUUGGUUCCAUCAACAGUACUGGUAGCGGGAACACUCUUCAACAGUCUCUACAAGUGCAGCAGCCUUCGCUGGUCCAACUUCUCUCUCGAGCCUGUGCCACCGCUGUGCCAGUAGAAGAAGACGGCAACCAGCAUGGAGUGAAUCUGAACGAUAUUGUCUCUGAAGCCGCCGAACGAGCUUUGCAGUUUGCCGGGUAGAUAUGAUGAUUGGACGCCAUUCGCUUAGAUAUGCUGUCAGAAGUAGCAAGCUCAGUAAAGGACGAGCAAAGCAAGCCCCUGUCGAUGAACAACAUAGAUGUUCAUGACUUGCAGCAGUCGGGAUAUUGGUGCUUGGUGUAUUCAAUCAGAGACACUAAAGAACGAUUAUUAAGAAAGGAUUGAAUCAAUACCCAAAACCUUUUCCUCCGUUUUGUCACGUCUGUACCGGUAGCACGGUUUCACAUUUCACUGGCGCAAGCGGUACUCUGAGAAAGAUCAACUUUGAGGAUCGAGCGACUGUGAGGUACUAUUGCAGUGGUACCGGUAUACAAAAUCCCUCCUUUCACCCCCGAAUCUCACUUGGCGCAUUGAAUUUGUUUCCAGAAUACCAGUACUUGCAUUGAGCUUCUGCCUGCCAUCCAGAACCACAGAUGCACAUCCAAAAGUCCGCCUUUUUACUGAUCAGUGGAGAAAAUCAACGCAAAGGAAAGCCAUUGCAAAAUCAAUGCAUUCCACAGCCCCUCGUUUAUCACUGUUUACCACUGCCAAAUGUCAGGGGCCUUGGUUUACCACUUUCAGCUACUGCUUCGCACUGUCUUGGUUAGUAGUAGUUAUGGUUUAACCCUGAUUGAUUGGAAUGGGAUGGAACUGUAUUCGCCAGCGCCCCAAAAGCCCUUUUUCAUUGUUCAAGAAAAGAACCUCUGUAAUGUACCUGGAAGGCACCAGGUUUAACGUUGAACUUGACUUUCAGUUUUCAAAGUCGCGGUAGUCGCGAUAGUCGCGAAAGUCGCGCACCAGGACUUAACAGCGACUAUUUUACAACGACUAUCGCGACUUCCGCGACUUUAACGCGAUUUUUUCGUGUUAUUUACUAGUACUAUUUCGAGACUUUAAAACGACUAUUUUACCGCGAC